UCCCACAUUUUUGUGUGAGAGAGAUUGUGAAGAUGAUGAUGGUGAUGCGUAGACACUCAUUCUCCCGCUGCGCCGCCGCCAAAUCCAAAUCCACUCUCUCUCUCACCAACGAACCUCCUCUCCCAAAAAUUCCUGCCUUCGACUACGUCGCCCCACCAAUCACCAUAUACCGGCCCCUCCACCGACGAGAUCCUCGCCAAGCGCGGCCAGUUCCUCAACCCCUCCAUCUUCCAUUCCUUCAAAAAUCCUAGAAAAGAAGGAGAGGGUCAGCUGCUGUUAUCAUCAAUUCAGUGUCAAAAUUGAGAGAUUAAGUGGCAACGUGUAACUCCAUUUUGUGAAAGGUGAGUGCAGAUUUUCAGCUUGGUGCAGUUCUGUUCGAGGCUUCGAUCGGGUAUUCAUCCGUGGUUUGAUUGAGCUGAAAUUCGGACAGUGGGUAGUCGACUUGAAGAUCUUGAUAUUGUACGGUGGGAUUGUUGAUCCGUGAACAGUAAGGUCAGAUUUUCUGGUGUCGAAGUCAGCCCCUGUUUUGGUGAUUUUCUUAUCUUGUUUUGGGUAUUUUGCUUAAGAUUGUUUUAUCAACCUAGUUGGAGUUCAUACUAGUUGCAGAGGUUGGAUAUUUGAUCUUGUAGCAAAAACAUAUUAUAGUGGAGUUUUUGAGUGGACUCUCAAGUCCCGUGGUUUUUCCCUUUUGCUUCGAAAGGGUUUUCCACGUAAAAAUCGUUGUCUCAGUUUAUAUUUCUGCUGAUUGUUUGUCUUUGAUAUUAUCGUGCCAUAUUGUGUUUGAAAUAAUUAUCGGACUUGUGUUAUUGGGAGAGAAAGAACACCGUUUGUGCUUCCGCAGGCUUUGGUUGUUUGGUUUCUUCCCAGCAGAGGUAACUCGACGCGUCUGGCGGGAUCGCCACCGUGGGAUGUGGCCACAGCCACCCCGAGGUGGUGGACGUUGUCGUUAAUCAGAUGAAGCGCCUCCAGCAUCCCAUUGUUCUCUAUCUCAAUCCUGCUAUCGCUGAUUUUACCGAGGCGCUCGCUUCCAAGUUUCCCGGCGAUCUCAAGGUUGUUUUCUUCAUGAAUUCGGGGACGGAGGCGAAAGAGCUGGCCUUGAUGAUGGCGCAAUUGUACAGUGGCUGCCACGAUGUGGUUUCGAUUAGGAACGACUAUCAUGGUAAUGCUGCCGGCACAAUGGUUGCCACUGCUCAAGGAAGCUACAAAUUCAAUGUUGUGCAGACUGGAGUGCAUCAUGCACUGAAUCCAAACCAGUACAGAGGAAUCUUUGGGUUGGACGGGUUGAAGUAUGCAAGAGAUGUGGAUGAUAUAGUCACUUACGGAACGUCUGGUCGUGUUGGUGCCUUCAUUGCUGAAGCCAUCCAGGGUGUUGGUGGGGUCAUGGAGUUGGCUCCGGGAUAUCUUCCUGCUGUCUACGACACCAUAAGAAAGGCAGGUGGCCUUUACAUAUCUGAUGAGGUCCAAUCGGGCUUUGGUUGUACGGGGAGCCAUUUUUGGGGCUUUGAAGCCCAUGGGGUUGUGCAUGAUAUAGUAACCUUGGCCAAGGGCAUUGGGAAUGGAAUGCCACUCGGUGCAGUGGUGACCACGCCCGAGAUUGCAAAGGUCUUGACUCAUCGGAACUAUUUCAACACGUUUGGUGGCAAUCCGGUCCGCAGCGCUGCCGGUCUUGCAGUGCUUAAAGUGAUAGAGAAGGAACAUCUUCAGCAGAAUGCUCUCACUGUCGGGCCGUACCUCAAGGAUCGCCUCGUUUCCUUGAAGAACAAAUACGAGAUCACCAGGGAUGUCAGGGAAAGAGGGUUGAUGCUUGUAAUAGAGCUUGUCACGAACCGGCAGCUGAAAACCCCUGCCAAGGAUGAGACUAUUUAUAUACUGGAACUAAUGAAAGAUUUGGGAGUGGUGAUUGGGAAAGGGUAGUUCUUUGGCAAUGUGUUCAGGAUCACACCGCCCCUCUGCUUCACCGAGGAGGAUGCUAGUUCGUGUUCAUAUCGCAUUGAUUAAUUUCGUUGCAACCUUAUGUUGAUGCUGAUUUAUUAUGUUGAUGCUGAUUUCCUUGUGGAUGCGAUGGACUAUUCAAUGUCGAAGGUAUAGAGUUGGAUCAGUGAAGUAUCUUCCCAGAAUAAAA